GCGGAGCCGACGGCUCGGGUCGGCUGCUGUGCUCUCCAGAGCUUCCCGGCUGCUGCGAUUCGGUCUGAGACCCGGGCCACCCAAGGGGCGGUGGGCGCUCGCUGGCCCUGGGCUCUAUAAAGCCUCGAAGGUAAAUCCGCCUAGGAGCCGGGCGGCUUGAGCGAGAGCGGACCAACGACGGGGCUGGGGAGCUGGAUGGCGGCGGAGGGGAGCGUCGCGCGGCAAGUUUCCCCAGAAAGCUGAACUCGUCGCAAAGUUUCCUGUGCAUCAGCUUGCACCCUGCGUUCUGGUGGCGGGCUUUUUCCGUGCGGGUGGUCUUUGGGGUGCUGGAGGGACUCGGAGGUAAUUGGAUUAUUCCGCCUGGGCGCAGCCCAGAUUUCUGCCCCGGACCACGCGUUGCGGUGGGCGCAGAGUUUGCCGAAGAAGGGGUGGGUAGUCGACACGCAGUUGUGUCGCGCACAGCAGUCGGGGGUGACCGCCACACUGGGAGCGCGCGUCUGCAAGGCGUGCCUGCCUGUCCGGAGGCAAAGUUCCAUGAUUUCUUUCCUCUUUAGGCAAGACUAACUGGGUGCUGUUCCCUCCCGGGCUGACCUCCGAGUCUCCGCUAUGGACAGCGAGAGUGAAGUGGAUUUUUCUAGCAACAGCUUAACCCCUUUGUGGCGGAGGCGGUCAACUCCUCAGCCUCAGUUGCUGGGCCGGAGCAAGCCGAGGCCCCAGUCCUACCAGGGCCCCAGCGGGUUGCUGAUCACGGAUUUCCCAGUGGAGGACCGAGGGACGCUCCCUGCCGUGCAGACUUCCACCCAGGUAUCCACCACUUCUGAGGGCAGGACAGUCCAGGGGAACCCCCUGCUUCUGUGUGCCCAUAGGAGGGUGGUGACCAAUGGGAGGACGAUCUCCCCGGAAUAUACAGCUGUGUCUCCUCGGCUUCGACGGCCCAAGUCUCCCCAGGCUCCCGAAGCGGUGUCAGGAGGCUCCCCGAAAUCCCCGGAGAAUGGCACUGUGACUUCGCCCAUACCGCAGCCUCUGAGCCCCCAGCGGACUCCCAACUCGCCCGCCUGCUGCAGCCGGGAGGUAGACCUGACCGGAUUGACCACCAGCCCCCUGCCUUCGCCCGCUGCCAAUGGGCUUUUCCCUAAAAUCGACUCCGCAGGCUCUGGUUCGCGAUCUGGCCAGACUACUAAGGACCCUGAGCCGGGACCCGCGAAACUCUCUCCUGCGCCCCAGAAAAGGUCUUUGGAACACAAACUCCCCCUCCAAAGGCUGCCCUCACAGGAGAACGAGCUCCCAGAGAAUCCUUCAGUGGUUUUGAGCACAAACAGCCCCGCCGCCCUCAAAGUGGGGAAGCAGCAAAUCAUUCCGAAGAGCCUGGCCUCGGAAAUUAAAAUAAGCAAAUCCAACAGUCAGAAUGUGGAGCCCCACAGGAGACUCAUCAAGGUGCGCAGCAUGGUGGAGGGCCUCGCAGCGUCUCUGGGCCCCGCAGAGGAUGAGGGCAAGGCGGAGAAGGACGUGGACAGCCCAGGGUCUCUGCGGAGAGGCUUGCGAUCCACGUCCUAUCGCAGGGCGGUGGUCAGUGGCUUCGAUUUUGACAGUCCUACCACUUCAAAGAAGAAGAACAGAAUAUCCCAGCCCGUUCUGAAAGCGGUGAUGGAAGACAAGGAGAAGUUUUCCAGUCUGGGAAGAAUAAAGAAAAAAAUGCUGAAAGGACAAGGAACAUUUGAUGGGGAAGAAAAUGCUGUCCUGUAUCAGAACUACAAAGAAAAGGCUCUUGACAUUGACUCUGAUGAAGAGUCGGAGCCCAAAGAACAGAAGUCAGAUGAAAAAAUUGUGAUUCACCACAAGCCACUGAGGUCCACGUGGAGCCAGCUCUCUGCGGUGAAAAGAAGUGGAUUAUCACAGACAGUUAGCCAGGAGGAAAGAAAGAGACAGGAGGCUAUCUUUGAAGUCAUAUCCUCUGAACAUUCCUAUUUACUCAGCUUGGAGAUCUUGAUACGAAUGUUUAAAAAUUCUAAAGAACUGAGUGAUACAAUGACCAAAACAGAGAGUCACCAUCUUUUCUCCAACAUAAUAGAUGUCUGUGAGGCAAGCAAAAAAUUCUUUACAGAGUUGGAAGCAAGACAUCAGAAUAAUAUCUUCAUAGAUGACAUAAGUGACAUUGUGGAAAAGCACACAGCAUCCACAUUUGACCCGUAUGUGAAAUACUGCACAAACGAAGUCUACCAACAACGCACACUGCAGAAAUUGUUAGCCACCAACCCAUCUUUUAAGGAAGUACUGUCACGAAUUGAGUCCCACGAAGACUGUAGGAACUUACCCAUGAUCUCCUUCCUCAUUCUCCCCAUGCAGAGGGUGACUCGCCUGCCCCUGCUAAUGGACACUAUCUGUCAGAAAACACCGAAGGACUCUCCGAAGUAUGAGGCCUGCAAAAGAGCCCUAAAGGAAGUGAGCAAGUUGGUUCGACUGUGCAAUGAAGGAGCUCGGAAGAUGGAAAGGACUGAAAUGAUGUACACAAUUAACUCGCAGUUGGAAUUUAAAAUUAAGCCUUUUCCUCUAGUCUCCUCUUCCCGGUGGUUGGUAAAAAGAGGUGAGUUGACAGCCUACGUAGAAGACACCGUGCUUUUCUCAAGAAGGACAUCGAAACAGCAAGUCUACUUCUUUCUCUUUAACGACGUGCUCAUUAUCACCAAGAAGAAGAGUGAAGAAAGUUACAACGUCAAUGAUUAUUCCUUAAGAGAUCAGCUAUUGGUGGAAUCUUGUGACAACGAAGAGCUUAAUUCUUCUCCAGGGAAGAACAGUUCCACGAUGCUUUAUUCAAGACAGAGCUCUACCAGCCACCUCUUCACUCUGACGGUCCUCAGUAACCAUGCGAGUGAGAAAGUGGAAAUGCUGCUCGGGGCUGAGACGCCGAGCGAACGGGCCCGCUGGAUAACCGCCCUGGGACACAGCAGCGGGAAGCAGCCUCUGGACCGAACCUCACUGACCCAGGUGGAAAUCAUUAGAUCGUUCACUGCCAAGCAGCCAGACGAACUCUCCUUACAGGUGGCGGAUGUGGUUCUCAUCUAUCAGCGGGUCAGCGAUGGCUGGUAUGAGGGGGAACGACUGCGAGAUGGAGAGAGGGGCUGGUUUCCUAUGGAAUGUGCCAAGGAGAUAACCUGUCAGGCUACCAUUGACAAGAACGUGGAGAGAAUGAGACGCUUGCUAGGCCUGGAAACCAACGUGUAGCCUCCCCCACGGCCUUCCACGACGGCGAGAUUCACACUACAUCCCGGCUGGCUGGUUGGUUCUGGGCCGGCUUUGUUGUUCGUUUUAACACAGCCCGUUUCGUUUCGUUAGAAGAAUGCGAACGCUUGCCUUCACGCUUGCCAGGUGGUUCUGCUCUCUCGGGAGAACAGCCACCGGAUAGAGGGAGUCCUCAAGGCUCAGUGUGGGCACGCUGUGCACUUGCAGCCGUGUUGAGGCCCGUAGAUGGCGGAGAGGCCAGGCAUGGACCCAGUGGCCGAAGCUGCGGCCGGGCUCACCCUUCUCUGGCAUGAAAAAUGGAUGUUGGAGGCUGUACCCUGGUUUUCUCUUUCCUGUUUCGCCAAGAAUGUUACUGCCCCUCUUUUUAACAUCUCCUCUGUGUGGUUCUCCUGGUCUUAGCAAGAGUCUGUGUGUUUAAGGAAUGCCGGUUUUGUAAAUAUUUUUUCUGCCUCCUAUAUUUUAGAUCUGAUUCUGAUGCUAUGAGCAUUUCACAAGGAGCUGGUAGAGCUCAAAAGGUGAGCUGUUGAGUUUUUCUAAACCUCUUCCCAGGAAAGGGAAAUUGACACUUGAUUUUUUGCCGCCUCUUUCCUCAUUAGUAGGAGACGCAGCUUACUUUUAGAGAUUUUCGUUUUUAAACCUGUCUUACCCAAUACUGGUCUCUGGUAAGUAGAGCCUAAUAAAACCCUACUCAGGCUACUCAAAUAAGGUAGAAUUUAGAUGGUUCACAUAAGUGCAAAAAUCCUCAAUGUAGGAGAGGGUCCUACUUUUUUUUAAUGUUUCCAAACGAGCUGGUAAACCGACAUGAGGCUGCUUUGCCUUUAGUCAUUCUGCCUUUUAUAAUUUCUUUAAUAAAGAUUUUCGACUGCUCCUGCUCCCUUUCUAAACAGGAAAUUGGCUGAGACACAAUCUCAAGGUAAAAUUCGGCCUUACCAAGGUAUCGAGAUGCCAGCGUGGUACCUAACUGAAACGUAACAUUUUGGUCUUAACGGGAAUCCAUUUUGUACGCACUAAAGGCCUUGCUGGGUGGAUUUGGAGGAUCUCUUAACUGCGGGUGUCUGCAGAACUUCAUUUUUUCCACUGGUGCAAGGAGAGAGGAUUUUAAGAGUUCAUUUCAUAGAGAGGGAAUGAGGGUUUGGAAGAUGAGUUGGGUGGAGUGAUUUUUCCCGGCAGCUAGGUUCCUCUGUAGUCCAUCUUCUACAGAGGGAUAAAAUCUGGCAAAGCGUACGUUAUUCAAGGACUCAGAUCUGUGUGUGACAUGUCCCACCUACUGCCUGCCAACCAGGUACCCAAAUCCUGAGUGAAGUGAGCAAAGCAGAAGCCCAGCACAGACCUUUUAGAGGAGAGGUUAAGAAAUUGUAAUCUAAUCUCAUGCAACGUUUGCAUUUAGGAAAGAAAGUAAACGUGUUGCUUGCAAAGGGAUCAUUUUGUGUUAUUUUUGCUAAUAUCCAUUUGAAGCUAAAAAGCAUGAGUCCUGUGAAUUAAUUUAUAAGUAGAGAUGUUAAACAGUCUUGGAAAUACAUGCAUUUUAUAAAUCAAAGCCUUGUAUAGCAAGCAGGCCGGUACUGUUACUGGGUUGUGUCGUUAUACAGCAGGUGUGUAACAUAAUCCAUUUCAUUUCUACCGUGAACUGUCAUUUUUAUAGGACAGUACCGCUUUCCAACCUAGUUCAGUUUCUACGAAUAGCUUCUCAGAACUGUACAAUGACCAUUCAGUGACCUGUGGAGAAGAAAAAUACUCAUUUUUGUCCCAACGAAUGGAUACUGCUUGUAUACUUUUGGUGAAGUGAAUUUAUAAAGAUUUUGUAUAUACUUGUUCUUUUGUAUUCGUGUGAUUUAAUUCACUAAAGCAUGUAUUCAUUUAAGUAUGUAAUUUGCUGAAUUUUUGGUCAACUCAGAAGGGAUCUACAGGUAACAUUAAAGGGUACUGAUAUUUCCUUGUGGGUACAUGUUGGCAUCAGCUGCCCUAGGAGGCUGGAGCAUUUUUAAGAGCUGGGCGCUGAUGUUUCUUAUAGUUCCCACAAAACUGCACGACAGAAUAGCUGAUCUUAAAUCAGUGGUGGUUCCCUGCUAGCUCUUACCCGUUUUGGCUACCUAGUAGGCGAACCUUCGUGCUUGUGAAGUUUCACCACCUGGUGAAUGCUGGUGGAAGGCAAAGACUGACUCCUGUAUUUUCUUUUACUGCAUAACAAAUUACCACAAACUUAAUGGCUUCAACCAACAUCCGUUUAUUAUCUCACGGUGCCGUAGUGAGAAGGCCAGUCCGGCCCAGUGGGUUUCUCUGCUUAGAGUCUCAGUCUCAUAAGGCUGACACCUCGGUGUCAGCUGGCUGCUUGCUCAGCCAGAGCUUGAUAUCUUUUUUCAUGCUCACACCUGUUAUUGGCAGAAUUCAGUUCCUCAUGGCUGUGGGACCAAGGUCCCUGCUUCCUUGCUGGCUGCCAGGGCUGUGGGGUGCUCACGGCUCCUUGAACCUGUUCCUCUUCCUCCACAUGGGUUCCUCCAUCUUCAAGGCACCAGUGAAUCCUUCUCACACUUGGAAUCUGACUCCAUCUUCUGCUACCAGCUGGAGAAAACUGUGCUUUUAAGGAACUCAUGAAAUUACAUUAGGCCUACAGGAUGAUCACCUUUAUGACUGACUCAAAACCAACCUACUUGUGACCUUCAUGAGAGCCACAGGUCCCUUUACUAUGCGAUAGAACAUAAUCACAGGCCUAACACUGGGCCAGGUGGGGGUGUGAUAACGGGGAUCAUCUUAAAGUUCUGCCCUCAACACUACUGUAAACCUUAAAAUGCUAGAUACUUAGUUUCCCUGUAUCUUGUAUUUACUAAAAUACAGCCAUAUGGUAGGAAACACCAAUCAAAGCCUUCUUUGUUGGAUUUUUACUGAAGUUGGUGAUGGAAGAGGAAGGAGAAUGGACUAGCAAGAUACAGUGCCCCCUUUGCCGCUGCAUUUUCCCUGGGCAAAGCUACUUGAGGGGACGUGGGUGCUCAACAAGGCAGGGCAGAGUUUCGUGCCUACGGUCAUCACCCUUGUGGACUGAAUCCCCAAAGGGCUUAUUUUGGAGUGAGAAUAUGAGCUUGGAGGACCUCAAGCUUUGCUCUUUGGGCUUCUAGCACACUAAGGACCGGACAAAAGGAAGUUAGGCCUUACUGUGAAGGAUUACCUUAGUUAUUUCCAAUAACAAUUCUCAAAAGGUUCGUCAAAUUAGCAAAAGCACUUUGAGAUACAGCACCAAUGAUACAGAAAAAAUGGAUACUUACAGGCUCUAGAUAUUGAAAUCAUUAGCUACAUCAAACAAUCAUAAUUACCAUUUUUAGAGAUAAAGCCAAACUUUAAAAUGCAAUACAGUACUAACAACUGUAAGAAGCAACAGAGGGG